AUGCCUCUAGCACACCCGCAGGACGACCGUAAGGUCACGAAGCAGAACCCCUCGGGGUCGAGCACUGAGGAGAUCGCGAACGAGCCUGACUGGGCUCGGGCCGGCCACGAACACUACGCGGGCUAUAAGAACCGGAGCGGACGAAGGCCCGGGGUAGUGGGCAGGAGCGAUGAAGAAGACGAGGUAGAUGUGCAAGCCAGUUGGGAUGAACUCAAGGAGACGCAGCAGAAAGAGAGAGACGGACACUUGGUGAACUGGCAAGAUGCCAUCAGGAGCGAGAAAGACCUCUCGCUCUACCACCCCGAGGGUCAUCCCAAUGGCUGGCGCUACGUUCUAGACUAUACGGAAGAUGGCAUUGGAAAUCAGCAAAAGUGGCCCGCCAAUCUACGGAAAUGGGAGAAGCAGCGCCAGCAGCAGGAGAAGAAGGAGCAGCAACAGCAAGACCCAAAGAACCAAGGCAAAGACAAGAGCGAUCAAAAGUCCUCCCAGCAGAAUGGCGAAGCUGAUCACAACGGCGAGGGCGAGGGACAGCAAGACAACAGAAGCGAGGACGAAAAGCUGCGAGACAAAUACACGCCCCAGCAGAUUGCCUUGCUCAGAGCCGUCCAGCACGAGAGUGAGUACAUGGCGAAUCUCGAAACGAACGACGGCACCGGCCAUUCCACCGUCCGGAACCGCACCACCAUUGCCAUCGACGAAGCCGACCAGUUCACGCCCGACAACUGGGUGCCUCGCGCUCCUGACCUCUUCCGCCUGACCGGCAAGCACCCCCUCAACGCCGAAGCACCGUUGCGGGAAUUAUUUGAGGCCGGCAUGAUUACACCAAACGAGCUUUUCUACGUCCGAAACCACGGUGCGGUUCCACGCCUGCUCUGGGAGUACCAUCAACUCGAAGUCUGCUAUCGUGGCCAAAGCAAGCGUUUCUCCAUGGACCACAUCAAGUCGAAAUUCCACUCGAUCAACAUUCCCGUCUUCGUGGGCUGCCAAGGUGGGCGUCGUAAGGAGAUGAACAUGCUCAAACGCACCAAAGGCUUCGGUUUCGGUGCCGGUGCUAUAGGCUGUGCUUACUGGAAAGGCCCGUUGCUCCGCGACGUUCUUAUGGCCUCGGGCGUUCCCGCGCACAUGCCCGACGAAGACAGGAAGAAGUAUCAUGUUCAUUUACAGGGCGCAGAUAACCCGGGCCAGGCGUUAUACGAGACCAGUAUCCCGUUUGAAUACAUCAUGGACAGUACUAACGAUGUCAUCUUGGCUUACGAGAUGAAUGAUGUGCCGUUGCCGCCGGAUCAUGGCUAUCCAAUCCGCAUCAUCAUACCGGGAUAUAUUGGUGGGAGACAGGUGAAAUGGCUGCAGAAAGUCUGGGUUAGCGACAAAGAGAAUGACUCCUACUACCACAUCUGGGAUAACCGUUUUGUUCCGAGUUUUGUCACGACUAACGACGACGAGCUCGCAGUGGCCAUGUUCCAUCACCCCGAUACUGCUUUGUAUGAGCAGUGUCUGAACUCGGCCAUCACCGUACCUCAUCACGGCGACACAAUCCCGCUGGAAAAUGUCGCAAAGGGCGUAAUGUAUCGCGUCAAAGGGUUCGCUUUCAACGGCCGGGGCGACGCGAUCAAAAGAGUCGAAGUCUCGCUCGACGAUGGAAAGUCAUGGUACUACUGCAUCCGAAGGUUUCCCCCGGCACCCGUCAGACACGGAAAGAAGUAUUGGACGUGGUGUUUCUGGCAUGUCGACAUCGACAUCGGAGACAUCGUUUCCGCACCGAGCAUUCGAGUACGGGCAUGGGACGUGAAGAUGCUCACUCAACCAGAACAGCCAACAUGGAACCUACUGGGCUCGUUGAACAACGCCCAGUACACCGUGAAACCAGAGAUGGUCAACGACGACUCCCCCCACGUCCUCUUCCGCCAUCCAGUCGAGCCGGCGAACAAGGACGGCGGCUGGAUGAAAGAGAGCGCCGAAAAUCUAAUCGCCGAGGCCGCAAUGAAGACCGACGCUCCGAACAAACAGUUCACUCGUGCGGAGAUAGAGAAACACGACAAGGAAGACGACUGCUGGAUCGUCAUCGACAACAAAGUGUACGACGCAACGAGCGUCAUGUCGUGGCAUCCCGGUGGGAAAGCGCCGAUUAUGAUGCAUGCAGGCGCGGUGCACUACGAUACCACCGAGGAGUUCUCCUCCGUGCAUGAUGACUACGCCCAUCAGAAGUUAGACGAAUGCGUUCUGGGCGUGGUCACGGACAAGACGAAGAGCUUCAUCGAGCGGACGCGGCAGGAUAAAGCGAAAUCUGGCACCGAGAUCCCCGCCGACCAGGCCUUGCAGAAGCACCGUUGGGUGCCAGCGAAGCUCUUAGAGCGCGACUGGGUCUCGCACGACACCGCAGUCUACAAAUUCGCCUUACCCGGUGACACGGAAUUUUUGGGCUUAGGCACUUGUCAACAUAUCGAGUUCGGCUUCCACCUGCGCGAUCGCAUGCUGAUCCGGCAAUACACGCCCACAAAGCCUGUGCUACCGCGAGAUUGCGGCAUCGAUGCCGGUAACGAUGCAGAACUCCACGACGGGAGUGGGAGCUUCCAGCUCAUCGUGAAGACAUACUUCCCUGACGAAGACCAGCCCGGCGGAGCACUCUCCAACAUUUUGGCUGCGAUACCCAUUGGAGAAUCAGUAGAGAUGCGAGGUCCCACAGGUGAGAUCGUCUACCACGGUGCAGGUAAAUUCAACAUCGUCGGCCAAGAAAAGUCGUUCAAGAAGAUUUCUUUGGUGCUUGGAGGCACUGGGCUGACUCCCGGGUAUUCGCUCAUCGCCCGCAUCAGCUUGGAUCCCAAGGACACGACGGAGCUUCGAGUCAUCGAUGCCAACAAAUCCGAGCAAGACAUUCUGCUGAAGGAGGAUCUUAGUCGCUUCGAACAGGAGAGCAACGGCCGGCUGCGCAUCACUCACGUUCUAAGCCACCCGAGCGAUGGAUGGAAGGGCCUCAAAGGGCAUGUCACGAAAGAAACGAUGCGAGAGCAUCUCUUCCCGCCGGCCGAGGAUAGCUUGGUGCUGCUUUGUGGGCCGCCGUCGAUGAUCCACAAAGCGGCGCUGCCGGCGUUGCAAGAGUGGGGAUAUGAUCCGGAUACGAAUAUGUUCGGGUUGUAG